AUGGGUUCUUGUGAUACAGCUGGGGCCUCCACGACCAAAUUCAGACCAGGAUACAUGCAUCUGGGCCACCAUUUUUUGCGCUCCGAGGCAUCAUGCUACUCAUCUUGCCCCUCUGCCAGGCCAGCAGAUGCUGCUGAGGCUCUUUGCUUGGCCGACUCGCAGGGUGGUCGCUGCGCAGCGGGCCCCGGCCUCUUCCAAACCGAAUCAAGGGUCUUCAACAGUGAUCAGCCGGGCCACGGUGACGGCAGGCAACUGCCCUGCCUUUCCGGGCAGCCGUCGAGCUCUACACAGGAGCUACGACUCCUGCAUCCACCAAAGGCACUCCCCGCCCCCGGCAGGCACUCCCCGCCCCCGGCAGGCACUCCCCGCCCCCAGCAGGCACUCCCCGCCCCCGGCAGACAAUCCCCGCCCCCAGCAGGCACUCCCCGCCCCCGGCAGACAAUCCCCGCCCCCGGCAGGCACUCCCCGCCCCCGGCAGGCACUCCCCGCCCCCGGCAGGCACUCCCCGCCCCCAGCAGGCACUCCCCGCCCCCGGCAGACAAUCCCCGCCCCCGGCAGACAAUCCCCGCCCCCGGCAGGCACUCCCCGCCCCCGGCAGGCACUCCCCCCCCCCGGCAGGCACUCCCCGCCCCCGGCAGGCUCCUCCCCCGCGGCAGGCACUCCCCGCCCCCGGCAGGCACUCCCCGCCCCCGGCAGACACUCCCCACCCCCGGCAGGCACUCCCCGCCCCCGGCAGACACUCCCCACCCCCGGCAGGCACUCCCCGCCCCCAGCAGGCACUCCCCACCCUCGGCAGACAAUCCCCGCCCCCAGCAGGCUCCUCCCCCGCGGCAGGCACUCCCCGCCCCCGGCAGGCACUCCCCACCCCCGGCAGGCACUCCCCGCCCCCGGCAGGCACUCCCCACCCCCGGCAGGCACUCCCCGCCCCCAGCAGGCACUCCCCGCCCCCGGCAGGCACUCCCCACCCCCGGCAGACAAUCCCCGCCCCCAGCAGGCUCCUCCCCCGCGGCAGGCGCUCUCCGCCCCCAGCAAGCUCCUCCCCCCGGCAGCCCUGUCCCUCCCCCCCGCUCGCGGAGCCGCGGUUAA